AUGGCUGCGCAAACCAGGCCUUCAUCUGGCCAAAACGUCCGAGAUACCAAGGAAAAGGCUCGGCAAUGGCUUACCAAGGGAGCCCUCGUCCGUGAAGACUCGGACGAUGAACUAGGUUACGAUGAUCUUCCCUGGGAAUGGAUCUACGAAGAGGAUACAAGCGAAGAUAAAGAAAACAAGCCUCAUGUAUCGGCGACCGAAGAAGACGACCACGAAUCGAAGACUUUGCGACGACGUUCUGGCCGCUCGAAUAACAAGAAACGAAAGAUCGUGGGCGCUCGUAUGGGUACAUUUGAAUGCAGACUAGGACAUGUGGUACUGCUGAAGUCUCCAGAGGCCGGCAAGGACUGGGUGGGCUUGAUCACGGAAUUCGUCGAGGAAGACGACGAGGAUGACGACGAAGAGAUAAUCAAGUCAGCCAAUAUCAUGUGGUUUGCUUCGCCAGAAGAAUUCCUGUCGGCAAAAACGAAAAACAAAAAACGAGCGGACGCUUUACCCAACGAGCAAUACUUAACAGCGGACUUCAACGUGAACCCUCUUACCUCGAUCAAUGGCAGAGGAAGGGUAAUGUCGAAAGAUGCUUUUUUUGCCAGAUAUCCAAAUGGAAUACCGCCCAAAGAUAAAGAAGAGCUGGCAGAAUAUCAGAAGUGCAUUGUCUGUCGAAGAGGAGUCAAUCAACUCCAAGGGAAAUAUACUGAAGAGUUCCUUUGGGAGGAUGUUUACAAGGGCGAUGAAGCAAGCGUGUACAACUUGAUUGAAUUGAUCAAAGCGGGCCUCAAAACGGCCAAGAAGCGCAAGGCCGCUGACGAUGAUUAUGUCGAUAUGAAUGACGGGGACGAGAAAGCGCCCAUUACACCUAGAAAGAAGCAGCGUACGACCGCUCUAACAACGCCGCAGUCAAAACGAAAGAUUUUUACCACACCGACCAGCAAACGGAUUGUGGUGAAAAAACCACUAGAAUUCACUCCACUUGGAACUCGUGUACUUGAUCCUACUCAUUUCACGUCUUCGCCAUAUCGUCAAGCACGAUCAUUACUGCAUGUUUCCAGCGUUCCGACCUCACUACCUUGCCGUAGUGCAGAGUUUGAAACAGUGUAUACUCAUCUCAGUGCCGCUAUCGCCGAAGGUAGUGGUACUUGCAUUUAUAUAUCAGGCACGCCAGGCACCGGCAAGACAGCCACUGUCAGGGAAGUGAUUGCCCAAUUGAACAAUGCGGUGCUUGAUGAAGAAAUGGAUGAUUUUAUCUUUGUCGAAAUCAACGGUAUGAAAGUGACGGACCCCCAUCAGUCCUACUCUCUACUGUGGGAAGCGCUGAAAGGAGACCGCGUAUCACCCUCACACGCACUUGACCUAUUGGAAAGAGAAUUCAACCAUCCAUCUCCGCGUCGAGUCCCGUGCGUCGUUUUGAUGGAUGAACUUGAUCAGCUCGUAACGAAGAACCAGUCGGUCAUGUACAACUUCUUCAACUGGCCUGCUCUCCGCCACUCACGUCUUAUCGUCCUUGCUGUUGCGAAUACUAUGGAUCUGCCAGAGAGAACACUCAGCAAUAAGAUCUCAAGUCGUCUUGGCCUUACUCGCAUUACAUUCCCUGGUUACAAGCAUACAGAUCUCAUUGAAAUUAUAUCAUCCCGACUCGCCAACGUCCCGGGUGAUAUUGUCGAUCCCGACGCUAUUCAAUUUGCUAGCCGCAAAGUUGCAGCCGUUAGCGGAGAUGCUCGUCGAGCACUAGAUAUCUGUCGACGGGCUGUUGAAAUUGCCGAGCAAGAGUGCGAAGCAAAUACCUCGAAGAACGAUAUUGACGACGCAGAGUCACUUCCACCUACCCCAAGCAAAAGUGCCAUACGCAGAACCCAAAGUCAGAAGGGUAAUAGCAAGUCUCUUGUCAAGAUUGAGAGUCCUCAGAAAAAGCCACCGACACAAAAAACUAUUCCACGAGUCACGAUCGCUACAAUAAAGCAAGCCAUUCAAGAAGCAACAUCCACCCCUUUACAACAAUCCCUUCGCUGUCUUCCACUUGCCGGAAAAUUAUUCCUCGCAGCUCUGCUUGCCCGAGUCCGCCGCACUGGUAUAUCUGAGUCUACAAUGGGAGAUGUCUUAGAUGAAGCACGACGAAUUGCAGAUGCAGCAGUGGCGGUUGCCGGGCUCGCAGGAUCCAGCAUCAAGAAUUACCUACUUGGCAAGGACAAUCCGGGUGCAAGAGUACAUGCCAUGGUCUUUGCCGCCAUGGAACUUAUGAAUUCAGGCGUUGUGGCUCUUGAAACCGGUGUUGGUAUUAGGGUUCGUGGUGGUGGAGACAGAAGUAGUAAAGUGAGGUUACGAAUUGCUGCUGAGGAAGUCAAGUCUGCCUUUAGAGAUGACAUUGAAGCUAAGGGAUUAGGCUUGGGUUUUGAUCAAUAG